UCGCCAAUCACGAGGAGACAGCGUCGGUCAAGGACCACAACCGCGUUCGAUCCCAACCGCCACACUCCUUCCAAGGAGAGCGCGUCCACUUCGCGUCCGAACGUUCUUCUCUGACCCGCAGAACACAACCGCGUUCGAUCCGUCACCCCCCCCCCCCCUCCCUUUCCAAAAAAAGAACCCUUCGCUUUCGCGACCGUAUACCUUCUUCUCUGACCCGCUGUUCGAAACUAACGAAGCCCAGCGAUGAGCAGCACCGUCAUUGAAAAACCGGCCGUGGAGCCCAGGAGGACCACGUCCGACACCACGACCCAGCUGCAGCACGCUACCAAGGAGGCGUCCGGCAACCCGGUCGUGACCGCCCUCAACAAGCUCGGCCUCUACUUGUUCCAGAAGGAGGCGAAGCGCGUGGAGCACAACGUGCUGCUGUGCCCGGCGGCAGUGACGGCGUCCCUGAUGGUGGCCCAGGCGUGCGCCCAGGGAGACACGCACCGUCAGAUGGUCGACCUGCUGGUCAACGAAGGGGGCGAGCUGGACCACCUGGAGGAGGCCGUGACGUCCGCCCUCAAGGCGCUGGAGAAGGACAAGGCCAACGCCGAAUCCGCCCUUCUCUACAGGCUGUUCGUGAGCCGUCACGUCGAGCUGAACAAGGGUUGCGAGGACCUGCUAGCGUCGCAGCUGGGCUGCUCCGUGGACCGGGUGUCGUUCCACACCAGCUCCCACGAGGACAUCGCUUUCGCCGUGAACGGAUCCUUCGCCGACGGGAGUCCGCUCAUCGGAGAGGUGCUGCCCACGGCGGCCGUGGACACCACCACCAACCUGCUCAUGGCCUCGGCCUUCCACUUCAGGGGCCUUCUGGAGCCUCCCUUCACGCGCAACCCGGAGCCGCGGGCCUUCAAGACGAACCUGACCACCGAGGAGAUGAUGGAGUUUGAGAGCAGCGUCGGCACCUUCAUGUACGGCGAGAUCAGGGACCCCGUGUCCGCCAAGGUGCUCGAGCUGCCGUACCGCGGGGGCGCCGUAUCCCUGCUGUUUCUGUUGCCGGACAAGGUUCGACAAAUCAAAGACCUGCUGGAUCAGCUCUCUCCGGCAUUCCUCGACAGGGUCGCUGGCUGCCUCAAGACCAAGAAGGUGCACGUCGAGAUUCCACACGCCAGGAUCGAGUCGAGGUACCCGCUCAACACGACGCUGAUCAACUCGGGCGUCAAGCUGGCGUUCCUGCCGACCGCCGACUUCACCCAACUGGUCUCAGAUGGCGAAGUGCAUCUCAACAACCUGCUGCACAAGUCGACGCUGGUGCUGGACGAAGGCCUGCCCGCGGCCACAACGCCCUUCGACGAGCUGAGCGAGGAGGAGCGGCAGAAGGUGACCACGGCGGCUCCGGUCGGACCGGGCGACGUCCAGUUCGAGCUGACGCGCCCCUUCAUCUUCGUGUUGCGCAGCACCGGCGACGGCGGCAUCCUGCUCCUCGGCGUCGUCAGGGACCUCAAGAAGAUGAAGUAGCAGCGGCGGCACGCGGCCGACGUCCUUGUUGUCCUCGGCCUCCAGUAAAACAUUUUCUGUCGUUGCACACGACCUUGCAGAU